AUGUAUUACACUCGUAGUUGUUCCCUUAUUGCGUAUACCAUUUUUGUUUCUAGCAGCAGCAGUGGUGGUGGUAACUUCCCUGGUAGCGGGGGUUACGGAUAUCCUGGUAACAUCCCACCAGCAUAUCGUGGAAUCAUUGGUGGUGGCGGGUCGGGAGGAUGGGGUGGUGGAUAUGGUGGUCCUAGUGGCGGCUCAGGGAGUGGUGGAGUGGUGAGGCCUGUUGUGACAUGCAAAGUUAAGGGACCUUGUUAUGGCAAAAAACUGAGGUGUCCUUCCAAGUGCUUCACUUCUUGGAGUCAUUCUGGCAAGGGCUACGGUGGCGGAGGCGGAGGAGGUGGAUGUAACAUGGAUUGCAAGAAGAAGUGUACUGCUUCUUGCUCAACUUAG